UUUAUGAAAAUUAAAUAAUUUAUGAAAAUAAACUCUUUGGCACGGGUAAGCUAUUUGUCAACCUCCCUCCUUUCCACCGCACGUCGCUUCUGCUCUUCCAAAGCCUUGUGCUUCUCCUCCCUCUCCGACUCUUUCCGUCCACUUUUACUUUUCGAUUCUGCUCUCGCCCCCUCAAGAAGAUGAGUUCCACCGCCGCCCAAGUCCACAUCCUCGCCGCACCGGGGUUCUUUUCUCCUUCCUCUACAAAACCCACCACUCUCUCUCCAAAAACAAUCUUCUUCAGCCAGGGAAUCGCCAUCAAAACUACGCUGCUCAACCUUACAAUUACCACACCACCUGCAAAAUUCGAUGUUUCAACCCAAGCAAAAGCCAACCCAAGUGGGGAGCAGAAAUGGACCCAUGAAGGUUCAGUGACUGAGUCGCUUCCCAAUGGUAUGUUUCGAGUUCGCUUAGACAAUGAAGAUGUGAUUAUAGGGUAUAUUUCGGGGAAGAUAAGGAAGAAUUUUGUACGGAUAUUGCCUGGAGAUAGAGUGAAGGUUGAGGUCAGUCGUUAUGAUUCCUCUAGAGGUCGUAUUGUUUAUAGAAUGCGUAACAGAGAUCCAAGUAACGAUUAAUUUGUUCCCGUUUGCCUCUAAUCUUCUUGCAAUUAUAAAAAUUUGAAAUCAAGUUUUAAAGUUUGCAUCUUUUUUCAGCUUAUCUUAGUAAUUGUAUAAUUCUUGGUUAUUGAUUGAAAGGUGUUUGUUCA